AUGAGACUAGUAGGGCGAUGGAGUGAUCCCCUUACCCAAGAUGGGAGGUUUAGGCCCGAUUGGACAAAUCUUCCUACUUUGGUACGGGUGAAGGUCACCAAAUCGACAACAUCGGCAGUUGGAGGCAAAGACAAUUACUCUUUAAAGGAUCGAGCAAGCCCUCAUAAGAGUGUUGCCAUGAAAGAUGCCAUCUUGAUGACCUUAAAGAAGGUAACUAAGAGGAAAGACGCCCCAUCAAUCUGCGCCAGUGGUUUGUUGCUUCGGAUUGCAAGAGUGGUCCUCGAGUCUUUUCAAAAUGGAGGGAGCUGUCGACUUUGGAUUCUAAUUCACUCAGAUUGCACCUUCGUAGGUCUCCUCUUUCCAACUAAGCAAGUGAUAAAGGCGUAG